AUGAUCAUCUCUGCACCCAACUCUAGAGCUUCUCUCUCCAAAUCUUCUUGGAAGUUCUUGCCAAGUCUUCUUGGUUGCUACCCGAAUCUAAAGUCCCUUGUGCUGGAAUACGACUCACUUUCAGAGACAGAUGAGAAAUUUUUUUUCCAUGUUCCUCAAUGUUUCCAAUCAUCUCUAGAGUUCGUUGAGUUGAAGACACCAGCCACUCUCAUGGAGACACCAACUAAGAUGAAGCUAGCAAUCUACUUCAUUAGAAACUGUGCGGUCUUGAAGAAGCUGGUGGUAAGUGAAGGUUCUGAUCACAUUAUCAAGAAAAUCAAAAAGAUUCCUAAACGCUCUGGACAAUGUGAAGUUGUCGUGGUAAAGCAAAACUACAAUGUAGUCGCUAAAACAUCCAGUUUGGUUUAA